AUGAACCCGUCCAUGCUCCCUGGGGCCCCGAGCAGCUGCUGGGGGUUCGUGGCCUGGUGGGUGACCCAAACCUUUGCUUCUAACGGGUCUGAGCCUCAUCCGUCAGGCCCAUGGGCAUCGCUGUGGCGGUCCACCGGCCUGGAGGAUGAAGAGGACCUGGGUUCUCUGGCUCCUCACCCUGGACAGUCGGGCCCUGCCACCCCUUCUUUGGGCCUGAAGAGUCCCAAGUGGCCAGGCCACAGCCUCCCGCGACGGCCCCAGGAAGCCUCACUGCUUCCCCGCGAGGAAGCUCUCUUCCCCUCGGGACUGAGCCCUCUAGAUCCGAGAGUCACAGGACAGGAAGCACAGAUUCUGUGGGGCAUCAGGAGAGAUCCAGCAAUCCUGGAGCAAGAUCACUACUGGUUGCGGAGCCCAGACCGUGUCCCGGGAGACAUCGCCCCCGCCCUGGCCCGCACGGGGUUGCCACCUAGCCGGCACAGUGUGUCUGUCCCUCGGACACUGGACUCGCGCGUUUGGCCCCUUGGACAUUGGGAUCCGGGCGGCCCGGCCCUGCGAACACUUGACCCGGGUGGUCUGGCCCCUCAGGCACUGGACUUGGACGGGCGCGCCGCGCCGCCGGCACCAGAACCCCGCGCCCCCAACAUGCGCGCGCAGCUCGGGACGGGGCGUCGCGGCGAGGGCGGGGCGGGCGAUGGGUGUGGCCCGCCCUCGGGGUGGGGCCUCCGGGCGGGGCGGGGCGGGGCGGUGCGGGGUGGGGCCGGGGAGGGUCCGCCAUUGCGUGCGUGCGGGCGGCGCAGGCCCGCCGCGGCCGUCGGUUUCUGCGUACCCGACCGCCCGGCCUGGCCCAGCCGGCCCGCCCGCGCGCCACACGCCUUUGGCGCAGGCAUGUCGGGCCCCGGGCAGCAGGAGCCGCCGCAGGCGGGCGGGCCGGCGGGCCCCGAGGGCGCGGACGCGGCGCUCGGCGAGGCGGGGCUGAGUUUCAGGACCAGCGACCUGAGCCUUGUGGAGAUGACGGAGAUCGAGUACACGCAGCUGCAGCACAUCCUCUACUCGCACAUGGAGGCGGCUGCGGCCGCCGGCGAGCUGGAGACGCGCGUCAACUCUUGCUUCCUGGCGGCGGCGGCGCCGGGCGCAGCGGCGGGGGGCUUCGCUGCGGCCGGGCGCGGCGGCGGGGUCGCGCCGCCCGUGUACCCGGUGCUGUCGCCUGCGCUGGCCGAUGGUGGCUUCGAGGACGCCAACCAGUGCCUGGGCCACAUCGACUUCCAGGAGCUGCGCAUGAUGCUGCUGAGCGAGGCGGGCGCGCCCCGCGCCGCCGUGAAGACGCCGGGCGCCAGCGCACCCCGGCCCAUGGCGCCCGACGGCGCCGGCAAGGAGAACGGGGAGGGCGCGAGCGAGGUGCGGGCCAAGUCGGCGGUGCGCGUCCGCCUGGAGGACGGCUUCAACAGCAUAGCAGCCGAGCCCCCGCCAGCCCCGCGCGGUGCGGAUCCCCCCGAGCCUGGCAUGGCGCUCAACCAUUUGGUAACUCUUAUUCGCCAUCCAUCCGAAUUAAUGAAUGUUCCACUUCAUCAGCCACAAAACAAAUGUAGAACAUUAGUGAAAAAUAAAACAGCUGCUGCAACUACUGCUCUUCAAUUUACAUACCCUCUGUUUACUGCAAAUAGUUGCUCUACUAGUGGAAAUUCUAAUCUUUCACAAACACAGAGUUCUAGUAGCUCACGUUCUGUACUUGAAGCUACCAAGCAUCAGGAUAUUGGAUUGCCGAGAGCAUUUUCUUUCUGUUAUCAGAAGUAAAUUGAAUCCACUAAACAGACUUUGGGUAGUAGAAACAAAGCUUUGCCUGAGCAGGUUCGGAUUAAAGUAGGAGAAGCGCUAUGUAAACAAGCAAGAAAUAAGAGGAGUCGCAGUAGGAUACGUCAGUUGGACAGAAACAGAGAACGAAGAACCCUGGGAGAGCUCCGGAAUGUGGGUGAAGGCUCCACAGCAGCGCAGGGUGCUUGGCCGUCGGUGGAGUCGCCCCAGGCCGCCCUCGGGGAGCAGAGGCAGAGCGGGCCCCCACGGGGCAUGUCCCAGCGGAGGGAGAGGCACAACCGCAUGGAAAGAGAUAGAAGGAGCUUACUCCGUGGUGACUGUCUCGAGAUAAUCUGCAUUGUAAUCUGUGAAUAGUGACCGGCAGCAGCAGGGUUUCGGGGCUUGGC